GGUAGAAAAACUAUCAGUGGGCAUUUGGAAUCGUUGUAGUUAAAGUUAAAGUUAUGCAAACUAUGUCUCAUAACAGUUAGUACGAGUAAUUUCUUGUUUCGUGGUAGCAACCUUUCCAGAUAAAUUAAGCAAAAAUAGUUUCAGCAAGAUGACGAGGCAAAAACACGUCCCAGAAGGCUCAGCACAAAAGAAAAAAGGGAAAUUGAAGAGAGAACACCACUCUUUGGAAAGCAUGGGGUGCAAAGGGAGGGAAAUAGAAAGCGCUUAUAAAAGCUGAAAUGAAGUUACAAAGUGAGACAUGUUAUGUGUGACAGCUAGUGGCUCUCACACCUGUGUGCUGGUCUACCACAGGAGCAGCAUUUUCCUCUGUGGCCUAGCAGGUUUUCAGAGGUGAAGAGAGAGGACUGCUGAGCUGGACCUCAUGAUGCUGCCAAUUUGGGCACAAGGGCGGCAUUGUUGGACGUCUACACCAAUACUACACCCAGAUGACAUGUCCCGCUGCGUGGCCACUCGAGGAGGCGAGAGACACCUCUGAACAUGAACCAUUAUGCCAAUAAGAAGAGUGCAGCAGAGAGUAUGCUGGACGUGGCUCUACUGAUGGCUAAUGCCUCCCAGCUGAAGGCUGUGAUGGAGCAAGGGCCAAACUUCACCUUCUAUGUGCCCCUUAUUACUCUAAUAAGCAUCUCCCUCAUCCUACAAAUACUGGUGGGAGUUAUGCUCAUCUUUAUAGUGAAGUGGAAUCUGAAUGACGAGAGCAUGCACUAUAGGCUGAACAUCAUGGAAAACGUGGCCACAGCCUUUGUCUUUAUCAUAGUCGUGGUCAACGUCUUCAUCACAGCUUUUGGUGUCCAGCAGCCCAUCAAAAGUUCUUGAUGCCCCCCUUCACGACUCUGAACGCCUGCUGAUCAACUUAGCAACGAUGGACCUCCACGUUAUUUGUAGAAACAGCCAGGAUAUUUAUUUGCUCACCAAAUUAAAUGGCAUGCAGGUGUAUUUGCCGUUCUGUAAUUCAACCUCCCAGGUUUAUCACUUGAUAGCUCCCAGGUUUAUCACUUGAUACACUGAAGAUCAAAUGACAUGUGUGUGUGUGUGUGUGUGUGUGUGUGUGUGUGAGUGUAAGAGGGGUUCACUUCUCUAAGCAUGGCUAUGGACAAACGUGUGGUCAGUUUUUAUUACAUGUGGCUAUUCACCACUUUGUUACCUCUGAUAAUGCUCAGGUUACUGAUGCAAAUAAAAAUAUUGCCUUUAAAACAGACAUAUCAGGAGUCAUCACUGUGAAUGAUCCCUGGAAAAAACAAAACAAAAAACAUUGUGCCGUUGUUUUGAAGUAUCACUACAGAUUUAUCCAAAUGAAGUUCUUAAUAUUUAGUUCUUCAGGACCAUCUAAGCCUCUUGCUACUCAAGAGGCAUUACAUGAUAUAACAGCUUUAUCGUAGGCGCAGAAGUUCUGUUUACAGUGUUAAACACAUUAACCAAUGAGUGAAGUGGACCUUUAUAUGCUAUAUGUUCCUUUAAAUGCUAUAUGAAAUAUGAUGUGUAACAUUUAUCUCUGUGUAUUAGUUCAUGUGUACCAGUGUUUGUGGACUGAACUGUAUGUGUGCAUGUGGUUAUUUUUAGUUUUUUUUUUUAAUGACUUCUACUUUUUUUAAAGGACCAAACAUUUUCACAGCUUUUACUAUAUGCUCUUAACAUAGUAGCCCUUUUUUGAUUAGACACUGUGAUUUUAAAUGCAAUUUAUAAGUAAAAACUUACAAAAGAAAGAUUAUUGUCCUGUUUAUUCUCAUCAUGUGUAGUUUAUUUAUUUUAUAAAGACAAAAGUCUCAACCUUACAAAUUCUAGCAGUUCUAAUUUUAAGGCUUUUUUUUUUUACACAAAACAAUACACACAGAAUGUGACAAACUUGUCAGGCACUGGACAUCCAUGAGUAGACAUUAAUCGACAACCAUCAGAAAUGAAAUAUAAAUAUUACCUUUUAGAAUAAUGUUACAAAAUUGUUCAGUACAAAGAACAACAACAAACUCAUGCAAGCUGCAUAAAUGUUUGGCUUCUGAUAUCCUGAAGUUUAACUGCAAUAACACAAUGAAACAUAGUUUAAUAAAGCACCAUCAUGAUAGUUACUGUUAUGUUCUCUGUUAUUUAUCUUAAUGAAACAGCCUGAGAAAUAGUAUAAACUGUAUCUGCCUGUUAUUUUAGGGUAAAUUAAUUUACUUCCAGACUUUGUAUUUAAAAAAAAAUAUGGAACUAUAGGCAAGAAGGCACAGUGGGAACAAACAAAUAUCCACAUUAUAGGAUGCAAUGUUUAUAUAGCUGGGGGUGGGAUUUAUAAAUGUGCUUUUACUUUCACUUACAAACAAGUCUAACACAUCUGUGAGGCAGACAGCAGACCGGGAUACUACAGGGAAAUUAGGAAUUUCCAUUCCGCCCACCCAGCGGAAACAAGGACUUGGGAAAAUACCUAGGCACGUUUCCUGUCAUAAAAUACACGAUCAAGAACAGCAGGCGUGGUUUGAGCCAAGAAAAUAUAUAAGAUAGGAGAUAACAUGAUUCAGUUUAGAGGAAAUACAAACACAAAAAAACUUGGUUAGAGAUGCCACGAAGUAGGUGGCAAUGCCUUAACCGUAUAUGUGUUGAAGGCCACAAGGGCCAAUUCCAUCCUUGUCAAGGGGAGUGCUAACCUUCUCUCCUUUCAUACAACACAACCACAGCACGGGACACACCUCCUUAUAAACCCCUACCGCCCGCCACGGUGUGUCACUCACGGUGCCACAUCCUGGUUUAUAAAUAUUACAUCUCCCAAACACAGCUCUUGUGUGUGUGUGUCUUUU